GGAAUUAUGGCUGCUUUUAGACUCAAGGAUACUCUCCAUCAUGUUAUCGUGGCAAACACUCACAUUUACUGGGACCCAGAAUGGGCUGAUGUCAAGCUUGCUCAAGCUAAAUAUCUUCUAUCACGCGUAGCUCAAUUCAAGGAACUAGUUUCUGAAAAAUAUGAAUGCAUGCCUUCAGUAAUUCUUGCUGGCGACUUCAAUUCAAUCCCAGGGGAUAAGGUUUACGAGUACCUUGUAUCUGGCAAAUCUUCAUCAGCUUCACUAGCGGAAUGUUUGGAUGAGCUUCCUAUUCCGCUGUGCAGUGUCUAUGGUAGUACAAGGGGAGAACCACCGUUCACAAACUGCACGCCUGACUUCACCAAUACGCUCGAUUAUAUAUUCUUUGUCCCUGACGGCCAAAUAAAACCACUCAGUUUCCUUGAACUUCCUGAAGCAAACUCGCCUAAUGUUCUUGGUGGCUUACCAAACUAUUACCACCCAAGUGAUCAUCUACCGAUUGGUGCUGAGUUUGAAAUAACGAGGGAAUAAAGCAAGUCAGAUAUUGCAUUUUGUCAUCCCACCCUUCUCAUCUCUGCUCCCCACCCCAAAAACACGAAACUCCUUUGAGAUCUUCUUCUCUUUCUUUGAGAAUGUUAUAGAUUUACAUUUGCAUUUGCAUUUGCAUUAACAUUUUAUUUGUUUAGAGGCAACAAGGCUCAAAACAAACAAUUUUGUGGUUCUUUUGUGUAAUGAGCUUGGAAUUGUUGGGGACCAAGCAUUUAGACAGAGCGGAAAAGGUUAUUAACUACGGUCUGAAUUUUUAA